CGAUAUUAUUAGCAGACGUAGUCGAUUGAUCGUCAAUUGUUGAACACAAUGUUACUUUUAGAGCGAUGCGCUGAAAACUUCAAGCCAUUCUUGACAUUUAUAACAAAAUUUUCUGUUAUUUCAAACCCUCAAAAUUCCAAGUAGAUUUUGAAUUUGAAACUAAUUCAAUUAAAAAUAUUACACGAAUAAGAACAAACAUGAGUGGAUUCAGGAUAUGGGCAUUGCAUGACCUAUCAUAUAUUCUGCCCACUAAAACCUUGCAGCAUGAGACGCACGUGCCCACGAAUACAUUUAAACGUUGUCUUUCAAAUUUCCUCAACUCCUCUCGCAAGCAAGAGAACGUUCAUGAGGGCAGAGGAAUUAACUUAACAACAAUUUCCAAUAAUUCGGAACCUAUCUUUACAACAUGGAUGACUUUACAUGAAAUCGCUACGACAACCUACAGUUCUCGAUCGCCCACAUAUUUUUUGCCUUUGCCUCCCAAAGCGAGUACGGAAAUAACGCGUCCGGAGGUAUUGAAAUCUCUCAUUAAGUACGAAAAGUUAUUAGAUAGAAAUUCAGUGUCCAGAAACAAAAGGCUUUCGUACAUCCACGCUGACGAUCUCAAUUUUGUAUGUAACGACAAUACUAUGAUAAAAUCUGAUAACGUCCACUGUGAUAAUUGCACUUCAAGAGUAAUUCCUCAACGAAAUCAAGAAUCCAAAAUUAAUCAUACAAUCGAGCAAGAGUCGACUUGUACUAUUGGCAAAAGUUUGGAUUCUCCAUCUUCCACAAAAAAUAUGACGCGCCGCAAUCUCCAGAAUUUCGGAAUUACACGCGGAAAGAUCUCUCGAGCACAACGAAGCAACGGAUUCAGUUCUCGCAGUCCUCUCGAUGCGUUUUGCAAACGUCAACAAAUACCUCCAAGCCAUCGCCAUCUUCAUUUGAAACAUUGA